AUGCAGACAGGGAACAUCGUCUUCCUCGCUCUGGGUAUUUCGGGGGAUUCCAGCCUUCGAUGGCCCAAAUGCCUAAUAGCGAUAGCCGCUUUCCUUCUCGGAAUCCUCUUCUUCAUAAAUGGUUCCCGCUUGCUCAACCCCCUCCGCCGUUCCACCCUGAUCACCUCAUUUACAAUUCAGACCCUUGCUAUCCUCAUCGCUUCAAUCCUCGUGGAAACGGACAUGGUCAAAAACAAACCGGCGCACGGCUCCAGCGGCAUUUCCUGGAUGGAAGUCAUCCCCAUCUCCCUACUAGCAUUCCAGGCCGGUGGGCAAAUCAUCACCUCCCGCCUUCUGAAAAUAGAUGAAAUCCCUACACUUGUGCUGACGACGGUCCUAUGUGAUUUGCUCAUUGAUCCGCGGCUGCUCGCCAACCCUAACACUGUCAGAAAUCGGCGAAUUGGAUCGUUUGGCGCCUUGUUUGUCGGUGCGAUGGUUUCGGGCUUUCUGUCAAAAGAGGCAAGCGUGGCGAGCUCGUUGUGGUUAGCUACGGCGAUUAAGGGAGCUGUUACGCUUUGCUGGGUAGUUUGGAAGGGAAAGGGGUUAUGCUGA